GUAAGUUCACAGCCCGGGUCGGGUCCCACAGCCUCGCGGUCCAGCUCCGAGCUUUCGCUUCCCGCGGGUCCGCUGACAGCGCUCCUGAUGCUCCUCAGCCCUGGACCCAGUGGAGAAUCUCAGGAACAAGACCAAAGCACACUGCUAGCAACAGAUUCUCCAUCUUUCUGCCUCCAGUUCUCAAAAAAGAAUUUCCAACCCUUUGGGAGAAAGUGACUUUUAUCUCAACCUCUGCCUUCCCUGGCCUUUAAUCUUCAUUUUUGCAAUUCCUUCGGUCCGUUUUGGUUACAUCCCACACCCUGGUCUUCAGCCCUUUGGCACAUUUCCAGCACCUGAACGUUGCGCUCGGAGUUUGGGGUUGAGGGUGUUGAGAGGAGGCAGCAUAAGCCGCGGGCUGGGCAACCAGGCCUGGGUGAGGUCACUAUGUCCACAAAGGUCCCCAUCUAUCUGAAGCGUGGCAGUCGCAAGGGCAAAAAGGAGAAGCUGCGGGACCUGCUGUCCUCGGACAUGAUCAGCCCACCACUAGGGGACUUCCGUCAUACCAUUCAUAUCGGCAGUGGAGGUGGCGGGGACAUGUUUGGGGACAUCUCCUUCCUGCAGGGCAAGUUCCACCUUCUGCCGGGAACUGCAGUUGAGGAGUCGGAGGAGGACGGCAGCUUUGCCCUUCCCUUCCAGUUCACACGCACUGCCACCAUGUGUGGCCCGGAGCUCCCCGUGGGCCCAUUGCUUCCCAUCGAGCCAUCGCCUCUGCUCAAGAAUGCCAUCUCCCUACCUGUCAUCGGGGGGCCCCAGGCCCUCACCCUGCCCACAGCCCAGGCCCCACCCAAGCCCCCUCGCCUGCACCUGGAGGUGCAACCUUCCCCACAGGAGGCAGGAAAUGUGGGCAUCUGGAGGACUCCAGAGGCUGGCUCGCCCCACAACGGGCUGACCCCAGAGUCAGGGGCCGAGGAGCCCUUCCUGUCCCACGGCAGCUCCCUGCUGUCCCUGCACGUGGACCUAGGGCCCUCCAUCCUGGACGAUGUUCUCCAGAUCAUGGAUCAGGACCUGGACGGCGUGCAGAUCCCCACAUAGGACCUCGGCUGACCAGGCAUCCAGGCUGGGGUGAGGCCAGGAGGCCGGGUGUGGACAUGGCCCUGGCCCAAAGUCAAGGAUCCCUGGCCUACCUGUGGUCGCUGGCGGGUGAUUCUCCUUGUGAGCCUUUGUUCCCCUUCCUCCUGUCCUCUCCCCACAGGCACGGUAUGCCUUGUUGGUUUCCCGGAACAACCCACCCAGACACAAGCGGAAGUCAGCCCAGAGUGCCCUGAGCUUCUUGGGCACCAUUUGACCCCACUGCCAACUGCUCUCUCUUGGGAGAAAGCUCUGCUGAAGGAGCCCCCUUUCCACUCUCUUUCCACCCCUGCCCCACUGGAUGCCCUGCCUGAGGGCAGGGAAGAGGCAGCUGGAGGACUUGGGCCCUUGGUGGGCUGUUCCACACCUUUGGCUUUGUGUCCUGGACUGGUAGCCUGGUAUCAGUGACCAGAUGUGUCCAGCCUCGUGUCCUGUCCCAUCCCUUUCUCACAUGACCCGGGGAUUCUGGUUGCAAUAAAAAGUGCUGCUUCCUGUGGCUGAGCAUCCU